AUGAAUUACUGCCCCGAAAGACCAGCUCAAGUCAACCUGAGCACUUUUAAAGUUACCAUCACGCCUCACUUCACGGCUAAACACGAGGCCAGUCAUCUCUCCAUCCACCUCAGUCUCCAGAGCCCCAAUCGCGCCGCUCACCACCCGCUCUUUCUCUUCGAAACCUAUUACGGUAACGUUCCUGCCAAUCCAUUCACCGAAGGUGAUAUAUUGGCCUCUGAUGCCGCUGGCCCUUUGCCUCUCUACUUCACCAACCCGACCGAGAAUCCAGAGGGGCCGGACCAGGAGUGGCGCGUAAACCGGGAUACUCUAGGAGAUAUCCAAUUGCAAUUCAGCGUUUUCCCCCGACAUGUGGAUAUCACGACUCCGAUCGGCCCCCGUGUGGAUCUUCGCAGGGAUCAAGGUGGUUUGAUUGGCAAUGGCCGGUAUUUUUUACCUCGUCCGGCACAAAAGGAUCAGAUGUACCACUAUAUCGUGACGUGGGAUAUCGCCCGCGCGCCAGCCGGGACACGCGCCGUGUGGUCGUUCGGCGAGGGGACCGGGGGAUCGGUGACGAAGACCGGGGAUGCAAUGGUCAUCGCCAACUCAGUCUUCAUGGUGGGGCCGAUUCACAGUUAUCCCAACGGCAGGACUCAGAUACCACUCAAAGUAUUCUGGUUCGGCACGCUGCCGGAUAAUCUUUGGCGACUGAAUCAGUACAACAUCCAACUAUUCCCAAGAUUAGCAGCGUUCUUUCGCAGUAACGAGAACACCUCAUAUCGCAUUUUCAUUCGACGGGUGGUUCGUGGAUUUGGCGGGCACUCAUGCCUCGAUAGUUACGUCUUUGAGUAUGACCAAGACAGCUGGAAGGAGGCAGAUGAGGAGCUUGUGGCUUUGUUCUCACACGAGAUGAUUCAUAGCUUUGUGAUGAUGGGACCAGAGCCAGAUGGGUAUGAUAACGGAUGGUUCACUGAGGGGCUUGCACAAUUUUACUCUGCUUGUCUUCCAUAUCGGUUUGGACUGCGCGGGGAAGACUAUCUGCGUAACAGACUGAAUGCGUCGCUGAGUGCUUAUGGAACCAGUCCGCAGAUUGGAAUGGAUAUACUUGAUUCGCAGAAGGAGUUCUAUAAUGACUGGUAUGCGGAGUUGAUUCCAUAUAUGCGUGGAUGUGCCUAUCUUCUCCAGAUUGACAGUCGGCUACGAAAAAGAACAGGAAGUUUUUCGUUAUAUCAGAACAGUCCAAUGGACGAGAUCAUCAUCGAUAUGGCCAAACAUUGGCGGAACGGGGUUCAGCUUCAGGCUAGGGACUGGCUGGGUUAUCUAUACCCAUAUCUGGGAGAGCAUAUCGCACAGGAACUACAGAAUAUGCUCAGGGGUAAACAAGAGAUUCUGGAAUUUGGAUUUGCCUUGUCGAGUAUUAACAAGCGAAUAAUUUGCGGGUUGAUUCCGGGAUCACGAGCGGCAUACGCCGGACUGAAGGACGGACUUCCACUUCUCUCUAUAUCUCGCGCGGGUCGGUGCUCUGUUUCUCUCUCCGAGAAUAUGGACUUGAUAAUUAGAACGAAGGAGGGAGCAAAAGUACAUAUCUCUUAUUGGCCGCGAUCUUUUGACAAGGCAAGGGUCUGGCAAUUGCUGUAG